AUGAAAAACCUCCAUCCGAACAAGUACAUUAAAUUGGUGAAUUUUCUAAACAAGAAGAAAAAAUGCCCCCAACUUAAUUUUAAAUAUGUCAAAGGUGGUGAAGAAGGAUGUGACCUUCAGCUAGCUAAUUAUGUAAACAGAAACAAAGGAAUAAUACGAAACGAUGCCUUAAGAUACACAAAUGAAAAUGCAGUCUCGAACAUACCUUUUAAUGCGGCCGAGCUUACAAAUGGGUCAGUGGUUUCCUCCAUGGAAAGCAAGGGGGUGGAAAGGAAACUGUUUCUAUCAAAUGGCACCAAAGGGAACAGAAAUAACAACCUGGGUACGGAUUCCCAAACGAAUGAAGAUUUAACGAUACAGGUAAAUUAUGCCAAUGGGGAAGAGAAGCUCCGAAACGGUGCCAUUUCACCUUUAACAGGGUGCAAAAUGGAACAGACAGGAAGGAAAAAGUUAGAUAUAAUAUCACACUACGAGGGACUGGGAGAAGGUAGUACACACAAGAGGGAGGAUCAGGUCAAUUACAAGGUGAUGCGCAUGCAUUGUAACGGAGCAUCAUACGAAGGUGUUAAUUCGACCGAGGGGAGAAACAACCUACACAGAAAUGGCGAAAUGAACAAAUUUGAUGUUUUUCAAAAGAAGGAAUCCUCUCGAGAUGGGUGUGGCAUGGAAGGGGGACAAAUACACACCGGUGAGAAACUCACCCAUUUAGGAUUUAACCACCGAGGGGGUCGUUACACCGCUACUAAUGGAGACGAAGGGAGGUACGAUGCGGGUGAGAAGAACCGUGAAGCCAAUACACUUCAAACAGAGGAGGGACAACAAAAAGAAUUAAGUAGUGAGGAAAAUUUUGCCAAAGUGAGAAUUACCAAGGAAAAUAUUAUCAUCGUGGAUAGUUUGCAGGAAGAAGGUCGAAAGGGAAAGAAAACGAAAAAAAUGACUAUGACGGAGGAGAAGGAAAAUAUGGAUGACCAUGUAGAGACGCUAGAGAGUAGUGCGAGAAGCGAUGGGCAGGAGAAAUGCUUGAAGGUAGAAGGGACACAUGGGGGAGAAGAAACAGGUGAUAGAAGUGAGAGAGGAGAAAAUGAUGAGGUAGGAGGAGAUAAGCAGAAGAAAGUAUGUGAUGAUAAUCUAAAUGAAGAAGGAAAGGAAAAGGACAAAAUAAAUUUUCAAAUGAAGAAUGGUAAAGCGAAUAAAAAGUGCCUGUACCCACAUGAAAUUGUGGAAUAUUUAAACAAAUAUAUUAUAGGUCAAACGGAAGCAAAGAAAGUGGUAGCAAAUGCAUUGAGACAGAGGUGGAGAAGGAUACAAGUAGAUGACGAUAUGAAAAAGGACAUCAUCCCAAAGAACAUAUUAAUGAUAGGGCCAACUGGAGUUGGUAAAACAGAAAUAGCCAGAAGAAUUUCCAUGUUUGUGGAUGCACCAUUUAUCAAGGUCGAAGCGACAAAGUUUACUGAAGUGGGAUUUCACGGAAAGGACGUCGACCAGAUUAUUAAAGACUUAGUCGAAAUAGCCGUAAAGAGACAAAAAACAAAAUUCGAAAUUGAGAUAAGAGAACAAGCACAAGAGACGGUGGAAAAUAUCAUUUUGUAUUCUUUACUAGGAAAUAUAAAAGAGGAGGAGAAAAAUAUUUGGAGAAAAUAUUUAAAAGAUGGUUCCCUGGACGACAAGGUAGUUAGCAUUGACAUCCCUAACUAUGUAAAUAAUAAUAUGUUUUCAAACGACUCAGUUGAGAAUGCAGUGAAAGAAGCGCUAAGCAAUCACCAAAAUAUUAAGAGCGUCAAAAUUAUACACCAGAAUAUUAAUAAACAGAAUGAUAAAAAAACCAUGACAAUACGAGAAGCGAAACAGAAACUUUUGCAGUUGGAAAUUGACUCCUCGAUGAAUCAGGACGUUAUUUUAAAAACAGCUAUCAGUUCUGUAGAAGAAGAAGGAAUUGUCUUUAUUGACGAAAUUGACAAAAUAUGUUCCAAAUCGAAUUCAUCUUAUAACGGACCAGAUGCAAGCGCGGAGGGGGUUCAGAGAGAUUUACUUCCUCUCAUAGAAGGAUGUGUAAUUAACACCAAGUAUGGAAAUAUCAACACUAACUAUAUUUUGUUUAUCGCUUCUGGUGCCUUCCAGAGAGUUAAGCCCAAUGAUAUGCUCAACGAGCUACAAGGAAGAUUGCCUGUUCAUGUGAACCUCUCCAGUUUAACCAUAAAUGAUUUUAUUCAAAUUUUAACAAAGACACAUAAUAAUUUGUUGCAGCAGAAUAUUGCCCUGCUGAAAACGGAAGGGAUCGAUUUGCAAUUUACAGAUGAUGCUAUUGAAACGAUCGCCAAUGCAGCACAUGAUAUGAACUUUUACGUGGAGAAUAUCGGUGUGCGAAGACUCCAUACCAUCAUAGAAAAAAUUAUGGAGGACAUCAACUACGAUGUCUACAAUUAUGUGAACAAGACGAUUGUCAUUGACAAGGAGAAGGUCAAGAAGUCCCUCGAGGGAUUCAUUAAGCAGUUCGACUUGAAGAAGUACAUCAUUUGA